CGGCAGAAGCCAGUUCUGGUGGCAGUUGGGCAGCUGACAGCUCCCUGCCUCGCCCGCCAUGGUCCUGCCCUGGCUCUGGCGGUGUUGCAGCCGUCGCCUCCUCCUGCCUUCCAGGCCGCUGGCCCCUGGCGGCUCGCAGAGAUGCUGCUCCCAGAGCCCCAAGACAAGCACAAAGGAGCAGGCCAGCUCCACCAGCAGUGGGAAGAUGAGGGCCGCCAACCCGGGUCCUGGGCUCCCUGCUGAGCUAGCCCAGGCGGAGGAGCUGCUGGAGCAGCAGCUGGAGCUGGCCCAGGCCCUGCAGGAAGGGCAGGAGGGGGCCUGGGAGGCCCAGGCCCUGGUGCUCAAGACCCAGAAGCUGAAGGAGCAGAUGAGGAGACUCCGCGAGAGCCUGGGCGGAGGAACCUAGGCUGCUCUCUUGCCCACCGCACCUCCGACGUGGGCAACACCGCACGCCACCUGCCCCGAGACGUCAGGGACACAGCAGCCUCUCAGCCACCAAGAAACACAGAAGAUGCCUCCGGAG